AUUUUCGCAUACCGUCGUCAUCUGAGCUAGCCAUCUAAGUAAGGAACCCACUAACAGACAACAUGGAGAUAUUGGAGUGCGGGGCGGACUGUGGAGAGUCUGAUGUUGCCAAAUGGUAUGCUGGAAAGACAAUACUUGUCACUGGCGCCACUGGAUUCAUGGGCAAAGUUUUGGUAGAGAAGCUGCUGCGCAGUUGCGGGGAACUCAAGGCGAUCUACUUACUAAUUCGCUCAAAAAAAGAUAUUGCUGCGAGUGUGCGGAGGGAGCAGUACUUUAAAUGUGUGAUCUUCAACCAGCUCUUAGAAACAAAUCCCGAUAUUGUCAAUAAGGUGCACGUCGUAAAAGGGGACGUACUCGAGCCGGAUCUUGGCCUAAGUGCCGACAAUAUUAACACACUAUCGUCGACUGUUGAAGUGGUUUUUCAUUGUGCAGCCAAUGUGCGCUUUGACCAGCCUUUGCGGCCAAUGGUGCGCAUGAACGUUGCCGGCACUCUGAAAUUGCUUCGCCUGGCAGAAAAGAUGAAGAAUCUGCAGGCACUGGUUCAUGUUUCCACCUCGUACUGUCAAUGCAACGAAAGUGUGCUGGAAGAACGUGCCUACCCGGCGCCACAGAAUCCCUUUGCCAUUAUCGAAAUGGUGGACACAAUGGAUGAUGCCGCUCUGGCUGAAAUAACACCUACAUUGUUAAAUGGCUUGCCCAAUACAUACGCUUAUAGCAAGGCGCUGUCGGAGGAUCUAAUUUGCAGAUACAACAAAAAGCUUCCCAUAAUUAUAGCAAGACCUUCAAUUGUGACCGCGGCCAUUCAGGAGCCACUUCCAGGCUGGAUAGAGGGUGUUAAUGGGCCCACAGGAUUAAUGAUUGGAGCGGCACGAGGCGUAAUUCGAUCGAUGCACUGCAAUCCAAACUAUCGCUCAACGGUUAUCCCGGUAGACAAAGCGAUCAAUGGCAUGAUACUCUGUGGCUACCGAAGAGGCAACGACAAUUUAAAAUCCAAUCAGGUGCAGUUUUGCAAUUUGUGCAUCACUAGUAAGGCGUUGAUGUCAUGGGGUGAAAGCAUUGAGACUGGACGCAAGUUUUUUUACGAGACACCUCUUAGUUUUGCACUUUGGUAUCCUGGUGGUUCUAUUAAGAAAAACUAUUACCAUCACCUCUUAUGUGUUAUAUUCUUUCACUAUUUGCCUGCAUAUUUCAUCGACUUUUGGCUAAUGGUUUUUGGUCAAAAACCCUUCUUGGUGAAAAUACAAAAAAGAAUUUCCACUGGGUUGAAGUUACUCCAAUACUAUACAACAAAAGACUGGGUUUUCAUAAAUGAUAGAUUUCAGGAGAUGAGCAACAAGUUAAGCCUAACGGACCAGCAUAUAUUUGAUACUUCUGUUAGCCAAGUAAAUUGGGAGCGUUACAUCAGCAAUUACAUUGUGGGCAUGCGGACAUACAUUCUAGGCGAGAGUGCUGCUACUCUUCCACAUGCCAGAAAAGUUCUUCGGCGCUUAUACAUAUUGGAUUGGGUCAGCAAGAUUUUGCUCGGUGCUCUGGCUUUUUGGUUCUUGUGGACUCAUUUGGAUGGAUUUGUAGAAACCAGUGAUGCGUUUAUAAGAUCAUCUCUCUAUGUUAUAAAUAAUGAACAAAACAGUACAAUUCAUCAGUAA